AUGGUUCACAUCAUUGAAAACCCGGUUAUUCCAUUAUCGACUCCAAUAUACCAGGGCUUACACCGCGAUUCAACUAUCCACUUUCACGGUGAUGUUUAUCCGGGACCUCAAGGAGGAUUCAUUAUUGAAUUUUUGGUAAACAAUGGAGUAGCUUUCCACGUGUCCGUCCGAAUGGGCACAUAUGGCCAAAAUUGCAUUGCUUUCAAUCACAUGAAACAUGGAAGAUGGCAUCGUGAAGAACACCAUCAGAAUAGAAUUUACAUGGGUCAGCCUUUUAGGCUGACAAUCACCAAUUGCCAUAAGAAAUAUGAGGUUUCCGUUAAUGGUCAUUGCAUCGGACAUUACCACCAUCAUGUAUCUCCCGCCAAAAUUCACGUGAUGAACAUUCGGGGCGACGUCAGAAUUUCGCAAAUUCAUUUUGAGAACUUUCCGGAUCAUAACGGUGGUGGAACUCAAGUUGGAUUAAUAGCACCGGCUCCGGUGAUCGUGCAACCACAGCCAGCUCCCGUCCAAGUCAUUCCACAACCACCAAUCGUUCAACCAGUCUACCCGGCACUUCAACCCAUCGUUUAUCCAACAGCUACACCGGUCAUUUACUCUCAGCCUGAAGUGAUUUAUAUCGAAAAUGACCAUCACCAUCAUCACCACCGUCACCAUCAUUGCUAG